UGUGAAUAAUACUCGUAUUGUUUUAGUUUAAAAUCGCAUGCCUUUCAAAAAUAAUCUAAGAAAAAGUGAAGUGUGUAAUUUCGUAAAUCACUGAUGCAUGACCAAAUUGUUGCGAAAACAGUAAAGUGCCUCGUAGAAAAUGAAUAAAUCUACUAAGCAAAAGGCAUGUAUUGAAAUGUCUGGAUCCACGCUGAAAAUAAGAACAAAUACACUGGAACAGUCCGAUAUUAAAGGAGCGAUGACAAGUGAUAAAGAGCUAGGAUCAGAUGAAAAUCAAAAUACACUAGGAGGAAAUAUAUUAAUAGGAAAUUAUGAUUUUUUGAAAGAAUUGGAGAUCACCGAAAAUGGCAUGGAUAUCUUGGAUUUGAGCUCUUUAGCGCAACUUGAGAUUUUGAUAUGUAAUCACAAUAAAUUGAAGGAGUUGAUUAUUAACGGGAAAAAUUUGAAAACUCUAACGGCGAAACACAAUAAUCUCACUACAAUAACAGCAUUAUCACCUCCAACUAAGCUGGUGAAUAUUGACAUAUCACACAAUGAUUUCGAAGAACUACCGGAUUGGAUAGGUGCUUGCAACAAAUUAAACAGCUUAUACGGCGAUCACAAUCGACUGUGGACUAUUGACAAUAUAUUCACCAAAGACAGUUUUCAAGAAUUGUCCACAUUCAGCGUUGCCUAUAAUCAACUGGCUUCUUUGAACAGUUCACCAUUAAUUUUCGCUACUGUGUCGCAUUUAUAUUUGCAAUGCAAUAUGUUGCAAAAACUUCCAGAGAGCUUCUUUGCGAUAACUUAUAAAACCUUAAAGGUAUUGAAUGUCUCGAGUAACAAUCUGUACGCGAUUGAGCAAUGUCAUGCGCUGAAUGGCGUCUGGUGUUUGGAAGAGUUAUAUCUUUCAAAUAAUAAUCUCAAUGAGAGUAUAUUUCCAACUUUUGCCGAAGCAAAGAAAUUACGCAUCAUUUACGCAGCGUAUAAUUCGAUACGCGAAUUGCCCGAAAAUAUUAUACGAAGCUGGGGCGAUUUAGAAGUGUUGGUUUUAUCGGGAAAUAAAUUACAAAAUCUGCCGGACAAUAUUUGCGUGCUUACAAAAUUAGAAGCUUUGCGUUUGCAUUCAAAUCUAUUGUAUAAAACGCCAAGUCUUUCGAAAUUAUCGAAUUUGAAAGUCUUAGAUUUAGCACACAACCAUUUGGAUCAUGUAAAUCUUUUGAAUAUUAUGCCAAAGAAUAUAAAAUAUUUAGAUUUGUCGUGUAAUUUGCAAUUACAAUUCGAUGAGAAACAAGUACAGAUGUGCCAAAGUUUGAAGAAAAUGAGUUUAGUUGAUGUAUCUGGUAAGAAUCGGGCAAGCUUGCCGACAACGCAAUUGGAAGAAUUGAAGGAUAGCAACAGUUUGCGACAGCCAUGGACUGUAGGAUUCGCCGAAACAACUGGAAAAUGCCGAAAACUGCUGGUAAAGCAAAUACGCUUAUGCAACUUCGCAGAAGAUGAGGGACUCUUCGGCAUUCUUGAAACCGGGACUUUGGGUGCAGUCACCACAGCGUUAGUGAAUCUGGUGCCACAAAUAUUGAUACAUGAGCGGAGUGUAAAAGAAACAGCAAAGGAAUAUAUGAAAUAUACAUUGCUGUCAGUAUAUCAGCGUUUGGCUAGAGAGAAAGGAUGCGAAGAUAUGCAUAUUGCCUUAUGUCAUAUUUCGAAAGAAAGUGCAGGCUUCAAAGACUAUAUGCGCCCAAAGAGAACCAGACGGUACGUACUGCGUGUUGCAAGCAUUGGUAAUAUAGGGGCAUAUCUAGUGCGUAGAACAUCAACAAUAUGUUUGACAGGUGCUACCCAUAGUACGAAAAUUUCUAACAGCGAUACGUGCACUGACGGCAAAAUUUGUCGUAUCACUGAUCCCUCGAUACAUGAAACGUUUUUGAGUAACGAUGAUGAAUUCUUAGUAAUAUGCAACGCUCAUCUCUGGGGAGUUAUGGACAUUGAACUCGUUACUAAAGAGAUACGAAAGGAAGAAAAUAUAGUUUUAGCCGCAAAGCGGUUACAAGAUCUUGCUCAAAGCUUCGGUGCAGAUCAUAACCUCAGCAUUAUUGUCAUACGGUUCAAAUACAUUGGCACGGAUGUAGAUGAUUUAUUGAAAGAGCUGAAACAAACAGUACGCAAGAAUCCUAUAACACAAAACAUGAAUACCGAUGACAAACUUUCGUUAGGUAGCCAUCGCCUCAUUGGACGUUGUUCGCCACGCCAAAACUUAAUGGGAGGCAUAAUGAAAAGUGAUCGCUCCUCACCGAGUGGACAAAGCGAUCAUGUACAUAGCUAUCUUAAUAAAGGUGUUAAUAAUGAAGAAUAUGCUUUUGCGACAGAGCAUGUUAUAGAAGAAGAUGAUGAUUUGGAAAUUCUGCAUGAAACCGAUUCGGUGCUUUCAGAAGAACAAUUCAAGUGUUGGGAAUAUAUGUUGGAGCAAAACACUCAACUGCUGUUCGAUAAAGAACUCAAUACAAUAUCGAAAUCGAUUACGAAAAAUCCAAAAAAUGAAGUGGGUGUCGAGCUCAAUAUUGAACUGGAUAAAAGUGAAUACAAAGAAAACAAUUUAAUUAAAAAUAUUGGAAAUCGUUUCAUAUCGCACAGCUCGCCACAGCUGUUAUAUAGUGAAAUUAAGAAACCUCUCACAACAUUUACCCAUAAACAUCAGGAAAAACGUUUUCAGCGACAACAACAACAACAAAAACAACAACAAAUGUCUUUCUUAUCAAAGCACUUUGGUAGCUGCCGUUCAUUUCAAACCCAAUCUCGAUAUAACCUUUUUGAGUCGAAAAGCCAAAAUGCGGUAAACGUUGGAUUGUCUUCGAAAUGGAGUGGUGGCCCAAAUGCAGCCUAUUUUGGUUCGUUACAACGCUUGAUGCCAUACAAUUUGGAGUACGAUUUCACGGUAACACAGGAUCGCUCAGCCCUGAACGAAGAAGAUGAUGAUUUUAAUGAGCAAGAGGAUCGGAUGAAAAAAUAUUGGGGUAUAGCAACUACAGAACUGUAAAAUGCAGUAGAAAUACUUAUAUGAGAUGUGUUCGAAAAAAAGGUGAAUUUUAAUUUUUCUCAAAAAAUAUUUUUUUAUUCAUCAAUUUCUAAUUUAUCUCCUUCAAAGUAGUCCCCCUCAGAUAUAAUGCACUUGUGCCAGCGUUUUUUCCAAUCCUCGAAGCAGUUCAAAAAAUACAUAUUUUUGGUAUAUCCUUGAGCUCUCUCAGCGAUGCGGUUUUUAUCUCCUCAAUCGUUGUAAAACGCCGUCCUUUCAUGGGUCUCCUCAAUCUUGGGAACAGGAAAAAGCCCCUGGUGAAUACGGUGGCUGAGGCAUGAAAACGGUGUUGUUUUUGGCCAAAUAAUCUCUUAGAAACAGAGAUGAAUAAGCAGGUGCAUUAUCAUGAUGCAAAAGCCAUGAAUUUCUUCGUAUUGCAUCAUGCAAACGGCGCAUAACUUCAAGGUAAUACCUCUUUUUUACAAUACGACCUUGUGGUACGAACUCCACAAUGCACUAAGCCCUGGUAUUCGAAGAAAACAGUGCGCAAAACGUUGACAUUUCAUCGAACUUGGCGUUCGUUUUUUGGUCUUGGCUCUCUUCUGUCUUGAGACGAUUGGGCUUUGGUUUCGAUGUCAUAACCAUAUACCCAUGAUUCGUCAACCAGUUAUGAUUUUUUUAAGCAAAUCUGGAUUGUCGUUGACGUCAUUCAGCGAUUCCUGCACAAUUCUCAUGCGACAUUGUUUUUGGUCAAAAUCCAUCAAUUUUGGAACGAACUUCCCUUCAUGCCCAAAAUAUCCGAAAAGAAUGCAUGGCAUAUCCUCAGAAACUUCUCUAAUUGUGAUUCGACGAUUCUUCAUAACAAUUUUCUUCACUUUCUCAACAUUUUCAUCGGUUGUUGAUGUGCUGGGGCAUCCAGAGCGAGCGUCGUCAUUCACAUCUUCUCGACCUUCUGUGGAAAGCUUUUGUACCACUUGUAAACAUUUUUUGACUCAGAGUACUCUCACCGUAUGCCACUGCCAACAUUUCAAGUGUUUUUGAGCACUUAAUUCUAUUUUUUACACAAAAUUUUAUGCAAAUUUUUUGAUCAAUUUUUUUGUGAUAGCAGAAAAUCGCCGAACACGCAAAACUCUUCUCUUAUUUAUGCCUUACACAAACAAACUAAACAUGCCAUAUUGCUAAUACCGUGAACAUAUAUUCGAGACGAGAGUACGAACAUAAAAAAAAGGCGAAAAUUAUCGAAAGAUGAAUGUAUGUAGCUCGUGCAAUUUGAAAAUUCACCUUAUUUCUUGAACACGCCUCGUAUGUGUAUAUAAAUUUUGAAAGGCGUCUUUUUAUUUUGAAAGUAGCGAGAGCGUAUUAAGUUACAAAGAAGUUAUCUAUUAUUCAACUUUCGGGUUGUUCGAAAAAUGGGUUUUUGAAAAAAAAUGAAAAUAAACAGGUUGCCAUAAAAGAAAUCGUAAAAAUAUUGGCAAAAGCGGGACAACAAAUAAAACACUAUGAAUAAUAGGUAGGGAUGCCAUUAUUGGCUUUGUUGAGGUUUUAAUUAGUUCGAUUACUGAUGUCGAAUGGACUACAUUCGGGUUCGAAACUCCGCGCAUGAAACACCAAAGUGAUAGAAAAAGUGUUUUCUUAUAGCGGUUGCCCCUCGGCAGUCUAUGGCAAGCCUCCUUUCAGUCAUGAACAAGCUCCUCACGAAAAAGUAUCUGCCGUUCGGAGGUGUUAUAAAACGGCAUUUGUGGAACAACAUCAAUUUUUUUGAUACAAUGCACUGCUAAACGUUUGAUUUUUUGUUGUGAAUUUUAAUUUCAUAAUUGGAAAUAAACCGGGUCUUAUAGGCAUUCCUGACAUCUGUAGUGGAGGCAAAAUUUGUGGAAAAAUUUCUAAAGUUUAAAUUCACCGAAAAAUGUUGAGGAGUGCUAGUAAUCGAAAUGGAUGAGGUGAAGGAAAGUUGGCCUUAUGAAAAAUUUAUAAAUAUUUUUAUCAGGGUCACACUCUAGGCUUACACACUU